AUGGCCGCCGAAUUCGAUGCCUCCAAGCUGACGGCCGAGCAACUGCCCGAACUCCUCAAAAAUGACCUUGCAGUCAAGGUCGCGGGCAUCGAUGUCGACGGCGUCCUGCGCGGAAAGCUCAUGGCCAAGAAAAAGUUCCUCAGCAUAGCCAACGAGGGCUUCGGUUUCUGCUCUGUCAUCUUCGGAUGGGACAUGCACGACCAGACAUACUUCAAGGAACUGGCCAUCUCCAACAAGGAGAACGGCUACCGCGACUUGCUCGCCAUACCCGACCUGACCUCCUUCCGGAGGAUACCGUGGGAGGACAACGUGCCCUUCUUCCUCAUCAGUUUCCACGACCCGGACACCAAGGGCACCCUCAGCGCAUGCCCAAGAAGUCUGUUGAAGCGCGCCGUCGACAAGCUGAAGGAGAAUGGAUAUGGCGCUAUGGCUGGUGCCGAGUAUGAGUUCUACCAAUUCCGCGCGCCCCAGAGUCACGAUGGCUCGGAGAGGAACACGUCGAGCACCGCCGCCUUCUUGCGCGACAACCCCGUCAACUCGCUCCCGAGUCUUACCGAAGGCAUGUUCGGAUACAGCAUCACUCGGCCGGUUCACAACCAAGAGUACUACUACGGCAUCUUCAACACAUGCGCCCAGUUUGGCUGCGGAAUCGAAGGAUGGCAUACAGAGUCCGGCCCGGGUGUCUUUGAAGCGGCUCUCGAAUUCGGCGAGAUCCAGCAAAUGGCUGACAAAGCGUCGCUCUUCAAACUUGUCGUCAAGUCACUCGGAUCCAAGUACGGCAUAACACCGUGCUUCAUGGCAAAGCCGCGCGAGGGUCUCCCAGGAAACAGCGGCCACAUGCACGUCUCAAUCGUGGACAAAGAAAACAAGAACCUCUUCUACCGAGGCGAAGAGGACAAGAAUGCGCCAUACUCAGACAUCGCGUACCUUUCGGACCUUGGUCGGCAUUUCCUCGCGGGUUUGAUCGACGGUCUCCCCGACAUCAUGCCUAUUCUCGCACCCAAUGUCAACAGCUACAAACGGCUAGUAGAGAAUUUCUGGGCACCUGUUACUGUAUCAUGGGGUCUUGAACAUCGCGCCGCGUCCAUCCGUCUUAUUUCUCCUCCCACCUCUUCUGGUAAGGCAACACGCUUCGAAGUGCGUGUGCCAGGCGCAGACACAAACCCACACUUCGUCCUUGCUGCCAUUCUAGCUCUUGGCUGGCGAGGUAUCGAGAAGAAGAUGGAGAUUAGCAUACCGCCUCUAGGCAAGGGCGAAGAUGUUGGCGGAGAGGCGGAUAAGGGCGAGCGCCUAGCCAAGAGCCUGAAGGAGGCCACAGAGCGGUUUAUGAGGAAAGAAAGUGUCGCGAGAGAGGUAUUUGGCGAUCAGUUUGUGGACCACUUUGGCGGCACCAGGCAACAUGAGAUUAGGCUGUGGGAUGAAGCCGUGACUGAUUGGGAAGUCAGAAGGUAUAUCGAGACGGUAUAA